GUGGCAGCUCAGAAGGUUCCUUGAAGAAUCGCUCAGCGUUUUGCAGUGACAAGCUGGAUGAGUACCUGGAAAAUGAAGGGAAGUUGAUGGAAACGAGUAUGGGAUUCUCUUCCAGCACUCCCACUUCUCCUGUGGUGUAUCAGCUCCCCACUAAGAGCACUAGCUAUGUGCGGACACUCGACAGUGUUUUAAAGAAGCAGUCCACCAUAAUUCCAUCAACAUCUUACACGUUCAAGCCUGUUCCUCUGUCAUCUACCUCUAGGAAGACAAAGACUCAAAACAGACAGACAUCUACAAACAGUAGAGUAAAAUCAUCUUACAAACCUAUACUGCCUGCACCUUUUUCUGCAAAGCCGAAACAGAACUCUUCAGUGUCAGGGGACAAGGCUGCCAAGUCUGUCUCAAACAGCAGUUUGACUAGCCAAGCAGAUAGUACCGUGGAGCCAGGUCUGGAUGAAACCAUACUUCCAAAACAGAUUAGUUUGCGCCAAGCGCCACGACAGCAACAAGCAGCUCGUCCACCAGGUUUAUCUAAAUCUCAAGUGAAGUUAAUGGACUUGGAAGACUGUGCUCUCUGGGAUGGCAAACCACGGACCUAUAUUACAGAAGAACGAGCAGACAUCUCUCUGGCAACCCUGCUUACAGCUCAGGCUUCUCUCAAAAACAAACCUAUCCACAAAAUCAUAAGGCGACGAGCACCUCCUUGCAAUAAUGAUUUCUGUCGGCUGGGUUGCAUAUGUGCCAGUCUGGCACAGGAGAAACGUCAGCCUACCCACUGCCGCAGGCCAGACUGUAUGUUUGGUUGUACUUGCUUGAAGAGAAAAGUGUUGCUGGUGAAGGGAGGAACAAAACAUAAGAAAAUUAUGAAAAAGGCUAUACGUGGAAAUCUCGUGCUCUAUGGAACACAGGAAGAUCAGCAAGAGGAUGAAGAGAUGGAAGAAGAGGGUGAUGGGGAGGAAGGUGAGCUGAAGCAGAAAGAUAAGAAGAAGAGAAAAAGGGUGGAAUACACUAUCUGUGACUCGGAGCCAGAACAGCCUAUUAGGAGUUGUCCGUUGUGGGUGAAAGUAGAAGGUGAAAUAGAUCCAGAGCCAAUUUACAUCCCAACACCAUCUGUUAUUGAACCAGUUAAAUCUGCAGUACUGCCCAGCCCUGAAGUCUUGCUUUCUAGUAAGCAUAGAUCUUCCAGUGGAAUGAAACCAACCAGAGUGUAUACUCCUAAACCCAAUCCAGUGAUUCGAGAGGAGGACAAGGAUCCUGUCUACUUGUAUUUUGAAAGUAUGAUGACUUGUGCAAGGGUCCGAGCAUAUGAACGCAAGAGAGAGGAGAAAAAGCAACAAAAAGAUGAAAGUGAUUCACAGAGUUCUAGUGUAAAGGAACAUGAACCAGAGCUUCAGUCUCCUGAGAAAGCAACCAGUGAGACAGACAAAGACACUGAUAAAUCACGAGAGAAAAGCUGGUGGUCUUCCCCCAGUGAGGGGGACUCUUCCUCCACCUCCUAUGUUCAUCACACCACUCCAGGUGGACCAACCAAACUUAUCGAGAUUAUCUCUGACUGCGACUGGGAGGAAGAUCACAGUAAGAUCUUGACCAUCUUAUCACAGCGUAUCAACAGUAACGUGCCACGGUGCCUCAAAGUGGGUAGCUUCAUUUUUGAAUUGGCUUCGGAACACAGGGCCCAGGAUGAGAACGACCCUCCUGUCUACUCCUCCAGAGUGAAAAUUUCAGUGCCGUCCUACCAAGACGAGGACAAGAAGCCCGAGAUACCUGUCUUGGAGACUCCUAAUAGCGGAGUACCAUCACGCAAAAACCCAGAACAUCUAAAGUUCUUGCGGGCAGACACACUGGACAAACUGCAGGAGAAGUUGCAUGGGGGCAAAGGCUUGCCUUUUUAUGCAGGGGUUUCUCCUGCGGGAAAGCUGGUUGUCUACAAACGCAAAGCUAAUAUGAGCCCCUCAGGCUUGAUUCAGGUUAAUGAUAAAAGGUAUCCUCAGGCCAAACUGCUUUUGGGACAGAUGGGGGCAUUACAUCCCGCCAAUCGGCUAGCAGCUUAUAUCACAGGCAGGCUGCGACCCACAGUACUUGAUAUCUCAACCCUCAGUACUGUGAUCUCCAAGGUAGCAUCCAAUGCUAAAGCAUCUGCUUCUGGGACACCAUCAGUCCAGGUGCCCACAACAUCAACUCCCAAAACUACAUCUUCCACCAGCACUACUUCAACCCCCACUGUGACGACUCUGAAAACCCAUGUCCCAGCACAGAGACAGAUAGCUGCCCGACCCUCACCUGGUGGUGUGUUCACACAGUUUGUGAUAAACAAGGAUGGAGCUCUACAGCAGAAGGUUCCUGCAGCAAGCACACGCCAGCCUCUGUCAGGGCCACAGAAGUUCAGUAUCAAGCCUACGCCGAUAAUGGUUGUCGCUCCCGUGGUUCCUUCAAAGCCAUCUCCAGCUCAAUGCACAGUCUCUCCUGGGGUCACUACAGCCACCACCACUUUUCCAGUUACUGUGGAAAGUACUGGUGUGGCAGCACCUACUGUGACCACUCCUAGCCAAACAAGAGCUAAUGAACCUGCCUGCUCUCCUCCUGCAGUUACAGUCACAGCUGCUCCUGCAACACCUGGAAUCAACACCUGUGCUGCUCCCUCAUCCACCACUCCUGCUGCCACUUUGGAUGUAACAAAAGCAACAGGGAUUGCUGCACCAGUGACAACCACAUCAUUACCAAAAACUGUAGUAACAACACCAACUGUUACUUGUCCUGUUGUCACAACAUCCACUUCUACAGUUGUACUGACAACAACUGCAACAGCUACAUCUGUUGUGACCACACCGACCUCCUCUGCUGGCUCUGUUCCGAUUAUACUAUCAGGUGUUAAUUCAAGUCCUCUGAAUCCAAAAAGAGAAGAUGCUUCUCCCCAAGCUGUAAACACGACUCCCCAGAAGAUGUCUCCUGGAACAGAGAAACGCAUAGGACCCCGAUUGCUGCUGAUUCCAGUGCAUCAGACAUCUCCUGCUUUGCGACCGCUCAACAACACACAGCUUGGUCAGAGGCAGAGGAUGAUCCUUCAGCCUCUCAGGACCCCUGGUAGUGUGAACCUGUUCAGACAUCCGAAUGGGCAGAUAAUUCAGCUUGUCCCCCUGCAGCAGUUUCGAACUGCAGGUGCCCAGCCCAGUGUGCAGCCGGUGAUGUUCCGCAAUCCAGGAUCUAUUGUAGGAAUCCGGUUGCCUGCACCUUCUAAGCCUCCUGAGUCACCUGCGUCUCCCACUUCCUCUUUGUUUUCCACUUCUCCUGCACCAAAUUCAGCUGUACAAACUGCAGCACCCAAGUUAUCCCCUACGUCUAACCUAACCACUCAACCAUCUUCUCUUCUUCCUUCAGUAACAAGUAUUGUGUCACAGGCAGGCACUCUGACUCUAAGGAUUUCUCCUCCUGCUGCUAGCAGUGUCACAAAUCAAACAGCCUCCGAGUCUAAAAUAACCUGCAGCUCAGGUGGUCUGCCAGCUACCACUGCUAAUCUCAUACCUUUACAGUCUGGUAGUUUUGCUUUACUUCAGCUCCCAGGACAGAAAACUGUCCCAAACUCCAUUCUUCACCAUUUUGCAUCUCUUCAGAUGAAGAAGGAUUACAGGAAAAUAUGCAAGAAGGAGGACUCUGGUGCUGCUCCGCAGAAGGAGAAUGGGAAGGCGUCGUGCUCAGAUGACACUGUAGUUACAGAGUCCGAGGUCACAGUGCCAGAUGGGAAACAAGAAGAAAAUGAGUUGUCGAUUAACCAGUCAGAUAAUGUUGAAGAGUCAGCAUCUGGCACAAUCACACCUGAUAGAAAUUCCAGCACAUUAGAGAUAGUGGAGAAAGACUCAAAGGUGCUAGAGAGUUCUUGUGAUGAUAGCUGCUCUUCUCAGCAUGAUGUUUCUGCAGAUGUCAUAUCAUCUGACCAUUCGUACAUCAGUGAGAAGCCAAAUGAUGAAGAAGAAAAAGGGGCCUCUGAGGAGAAAGAGGAUUCUCUCAGUUCUGAAACUGUAGUGGAAGCUGUUUCGGCUAACUCUGAAAUGGUUUGUGGGCCACCAGAUCAGUCUCUAGUUGCUCAUCUGGGUAACGCACAUCCACAGAGUCUGGAGAAUCAGGAGGAUGCACAGUUGAAGAACCAUGGGAAGGAACAAAUACAUGCUGAACAGAAAGAUUCAACAGUAAAAGAGCAGGAAGGAGAUGCAAAGACACAGAUGAAGGAAGACAAGAAGGCAAGUUCUGGGCAGUCACAGAGUCAACAAGAGCAAGUUACACAGCUGGAGGAGAAGAAGGAACAGAGAGGGACUGAACUGUCUCAGAACAAAGAUGAAUGCCAGGGUGAUGCUGUGCAGCCACACACGGAGAGGAAGGAGUACAAGUGCUCUACAGAAGCAGAAAGCAUAAGGGAGAAAAAACCAAGUAAGUCUGAAAUGAGUUCUUCGAAAGAGCAGGAUACUGCUUCAGGAGAAGAGCGUGCUGUCAGCACCGAGGAAGGCAAAGCAAACGUAACUAGGCUGGAAGGCAGCGAUGACAAAGAACAAGAUGCUUUUGAUUCUCAGGAAGAAAUCAAAACAGGUCAUGAUAUUGUAACACAUGUCAACAGUUCUUGGAGCAAAAUAUCUAGCAUUGUACCUACUUUAGAAGAUAAAGGUGAGACAGAUAAGAAAGCUGAUACAGGUGAUAAAAGUGACGUCCUGACACCAGAACAGGGGACACAGGAAGCCAGUCAUCAUAAAAAGGAUUGCACAUCCGCUGUUGAGGUAACUGCUGAUGAUAUGGAAGAGGAAGAAGAGGAUGAUGAUGAUGAGGAUGAAGAGGAUGAAAAAACUGAUGAUUCUGCUGAUGAGAUGCUGGAUGGUGCUUCUGACUUCCCAAGUGAAGAGGAAGUAGAUGUUGAAAAAGUG